AUGGUCGUAGGCGUCUACCACUCCACCUUCGAUUCCUUCGAGUGGAUGGACUCCGAGGGCGACCCCGGCUUCGUGCGCCACGCGCACGCCCGCAACGUCUCCUCCUCCAACGCCUCGCGCGUCAACUUUGGGCCGCUCGAGGCGGCGCACGCGCGCUUCGCCGCGGCGGCGGGCAAGAAUCAGCCGCGAUCUGCGUUUGCGGGCGCGGCCGCGGCGCUCAACGAGAAGCUGGCAUACGCGGAGCGCCGCUUCCUCUCUGCCUCCGGGCUGCCAACGCGCAAGUACUUCAGGCACGUGCUGCAGACGCUGCCUGGAGUGUACGACGCCGUCUCCGCCGGCGACUGGGCGACGGCCGACGCGCAGGCGAGGGCAGUGGAGAGGACUCUGACGGCCGAUGUGCAGGCGAGGGUUGCGGCGGAGCGUAUCGACGCGGCGGCGAGCUUCCUCCUGGCGGAGUGA